UAACUAUAAUUUCUCCAUGCCAUCCUACUAAACUGCUUCUGAAACUCUUUUUUUUUUUCCCAGUGUCGAGGCACCGGACACUCAUGAAUGUUUUUGACAAAUCCCCUAGUGUGGAUAAAGGGGCUUUUGUGGCUCCUAACGCUUCUAUCACUGGUGAUGUCCAUGUCGGACGAGGUUCUUCCAUUUGGUAUGGAUGUGUCUUGAGAGGAGAUGCUAACAGCAUUAGUGUUGGAGCUGGCACCAAUAUCCAGGACAACGCUCUUGUCCACGUUGCUAAGUCCAACUUAAGCGGGAAGGUCUUACCUACCGUCAUUGGAAACAAUGUCACUGUUGUAGAUUUGAAUGAUUGAAAAGAAAAAAAGAAGAAGAAAAAGUUGAAGUUACAUUCCUCGUAACCGGAAGAGCCGAGUGGACAUGGUCAAAUUUUUUUUCCAGUGUUUGUUAGUUUUUGCACUUUUCCCAUGCUCACUAUUCCGCUUAGAGCAUAACACCAAGAUGACGACGAAGACGAUGGAGAGAGGAUUUAAGCUGAUUUUGGGUUCUCAGUCCAUGGCGAGAAAGAGGAUUCUAGCUGAGAUGGGAUAUGAGUACACCAUUGUGACUGCAGACAUUGAUGAAAAAGCUAUUAGGACAGACAAGCCUGAAGAUUUAGUUGUGGCUCUUGCUGAAGCCAAGGCAAAUGAGAUUAUAUCGAAAUUGGGAGGUGAAAGCCACUUUGCACAAGAUCCUCAACCAACUAUACUAAUUACUGCAGACACGGUUGUUGUGUACAAAAGUGUCAUUAGAGAGAAACCAAUCAAUAAAGAAGAGGCUCGUGAAUUUAUCAAAGGCUAUUCUGGGUCACAUGAAGGUGUUGUGGGAUCUGUUUUUGUAUGGAAUUUGAAAACUGGAGUUAAAAUAGGAGGAUGGGACAAAGCAGAGGUUUAUUUCCAUGAAAUACCAGAACAUGUCAUCGAAGAUCUUAUUGAUGAUGCAAUAACUUACACGGUUGCUGGAGGUGCGACGCUGGAGCAUCCCCUUGUUUCACCCUUUGUCGAUUAUGUGGUGGGAGGAGUUGAUACUGUUAUGGGGCUUCCCAAAGAACUCACAAAAAAAUUCAUCAACGAUGUGUUGUUGUAGCUCAACCCCUUUUGAUUUAUGUAGGAAGAGCCCUUUUGAUUUAUGUAGAAAGGCUUAACUUAAUACUUUAGAAUCUCUAAUCCAUCAAUCAUUUAUGUUGUAAGAUUUACCGUAUCAUAAUUCUAAGCAUCGAUGAUAUUUUCGGAUUUCAAACUCUUAUAAACAAACCAAUUGGAAUG